AUGACUCUGGAGAGACGUCCCGCAGCCAACCACUCCAAGUUCUCUUCCCCUUCCCCUUCCACCUGCGCCUCCCCGCACGCUUCCCCACCCGCAUCCCCCCGUGCUGCAACCGGCCGGCGCCGCUCCGACGUCUCGGAGAACCUCGCGCUCCGCUUGAGCCGGCAGCAGGACGGCAAAGGAACCCCUGCUAGCUCCCCGCCAGUCUCGCCGCGAUGGUCGGUGAUUAGCUCUGAGCCACGGUCGCCGCGAUCGCCGCGCUUGGCGGUUACCGGAGCGAAGAGGCAGCCUCUUGUCCAGAACGCGGCUAGCCACCGUGGCCCCUCUUCCCUGAGCAAGGCUGGCACUGGCGUGAGCGGCGGCGGCGGAGGCGGCGGAGGCGGUGGCGGUAGGGCUAAGGUUGCAGAGGCGGUUGAUUCGAGCACCAGUAAUACUCGUCACCGUGGCGAACACACGCGCGAGCAUGCGACGCGGGGGGACGCGAAGGGCGGGCGCGGCGGAGUGGGAGCACGGAACUCGUGUGGCACAGCUGCAAGCGGGAGCGGGAGUGCCGCUUGUGGAAAUUCUGGGGGUGGGGGUGGCCCGCGCUCGCCGCGGCAAGACAGCGGACGACAGGAGAAUCGAUUUAAGGGCCAUGAUGCGGGUGACGCGGAGAGGGAGCUGCGAGCGAAGAAGGCGGAGAUACCAGUGGGUGGUUAUGGUCCUGGUCGUGCGGAUUCAGAUGCGAGAUUAUUGUCCAAGCCUGCACUAGCCUCCUCUGGUGAGCGACCGCUGCCGACGCAUCAUGUCGAUGAAUUUGAGUCAGACGCGGGCCAUCAUACGCCGGCGAAGGACAUGUCGCAGCUGUCGCACAUGGGCGUGCGACGAGAGGAGGGCAGCCCGGUCUCGGUGCUAGAUGUGGGCUUGCGACGAAGCGACGAGAGCGACUCCGAAGGCAACAGUGGCGAGUUAUUUGCAGAUCGCUCCGUCAAUUCCGUCGCAGACUGCUACCCAGACGCGACCGUCGUGCGACAGUCGUCGCACGCAUCGCUCGCAUCGCCCAGCCAGCAUGGCGACGUCUCCAUGGACCUCCUCCGCCUGUCGCCGCAAGACAUCGUCGGUGACGUGGCAGGCAUGGAGCAGGACCUCGAGUACGUGCGCCACGUGCUCCUCAUCUCCGGAUUUGGCGGGCCGUCAUUACCGCCGAUCUUCUCGCGGAACCUUCCGAUAAACCCGGUGGUUUUCGAGCAGCUGGAGUUUGAGAUUACGGGACAGCUGUCCCAGCACUUUCCGUCCUCGUUAUCCGCGUCCUCGUUAUUGAGUACAAGCCCGUCGAUGAUAGGCCUAACAAGCCCAGUUGCUUCUUCCAACGUCGGAGCAGCAACAGGCGCGUCUGCUGGUGGAGUUGGCGCGGGGGUUUCGCGGCCGCCGUCUCCCUCACUCUUUCCGCUCCCUAGCUUCGCGGUCGGCGCGCAGAACACGUCGGAGGAGCGCCGCCAGCGCAUGCUGCUCUUUGACGCGGUCAACGAAGCGCUGGGUCGCACGCUCGCGCCUUACCUGGAAGAGCUUCAAGCGCAAGAUGAGAUCAAGCGAGCCGCGAAUAACCGCUGCUCGGGUCGCCCGUCGCAGCUAUUCGCGGAUACUACUGAUACUGGGAGUGGAAGUGAUAACGACUUCGGCCUGUGGGAGUUGGAUAACGGUGCAUCUUUUUUCGCGUCGUGCUGUUCCGCCUCGCGCAAGCCCGCGCUUCUCCGCCCGCGCCCCAUCGGCCGCCAGCUGCUGCAGCGCGUGUGGGCGGAGGUGCACAGCUGGCCGGUUGCGCCGUCGGAUGACGUGUACGACAUUCUCGAUGACGCGGCGAGGAGGGAUAUGGUGCGCGGAACGGAGCGCUGGUCCGCGGAAGAAGUGGCAGCUGCGGAGGUUCCGCAGGUGGUGUUUGCGCUGGAAUGCGCGGUGUUAGAGCGCGCGCUGGAGGAGAUUUGCCGCGAAUUUGCGGAAGUGGAGGAAGAGCGCGCACUGUCGCGGCAGCGGAGGCUGAGCGCGAAUGGCGCCGCGGAGGGGGUGUGCGCGGGGAAAGCUCCAGGGGGAGGGCUGCGGAAAGGGGGGAGCGGAACCGAGAGACGGUGGCUGCCUCGACGGUUGAAUUUCUGA